AUGGCAUCUUCUGUCGAAGCCGGAGGCGCGUGGACAAUUCAGGAAGAUAUUGCGUUGUGUCAAUCUUGGGUGAACGUUAGUCAUUGCCCUGUCACGGGCAAUGAGAUGAAGUUCUCUCAUAUGUGGAGCAAAAUUCAUGGAGAAUUUUGUCAAAGAUUGGGUUCCAUUCGGAUAGAAAUGGUCUUGUCUAGUAUAUGGAGAAUUCUGAAUAAAGAGUUAAGAAAAUGGAAAAAUGCCUUGACAAAAGCAAGGGAGAACAUUCGAAGCAGUCAAAAUAUAUCCGAUGAGGUGCCAUGGGGUCCGGCGGUUGUGUUGAAUGAGACGCCACUCUUCGAUUCGCCAUCAACCGAUUCGCCAUUGGACUCCCCAAUGGAAACGGAGUCACCACUCCCACGUCCACUGAGACCUAUUGGGAGAAAAGCGGCAAAGGCCAAGAGAGGGAGCAAUUCGAACAAUGAAUGUGUACAAUUUAUGGAGCAAAUAGCUAAGAACACCGCACUAAGAAUUGAGAAAGACUUGAAAAGAGAAGAAGCGGACAUCGCGCGACAGAAAGCAUUUGCAAUUCAACAGCAGCAGGCACAAGAAAAAGACAUGGAGGAUAGAGAGAUGAAAAUCAUGGCCAUGGAUACGAGCCAUAUGUCUCCUGAAACAAAGGCCUAUUGGAAGCUAAGACGAAUGGAUGUGAUGAGAAGAAAACUUUUCCAUGACGACGGACCUAGCAAUACGGAUUGGUUAAAUGAUCAAAACCAUUAG